CUAGGCACGAUUCCAAGCAGAGAACACCGACAGCGCCCCGCUCGCGAAAUCAAGUGCAUUCAGCGACACUUUGUGUGAAAAUUUCGGUGCUGUUGUAUAAAGAAGGCGUCCUUCGACCAAGGAAAAUAGUUCUUCACGGUUGUUUUAAUAUUAACCUGAAGAGCACUUUGUGAGAGAAAAAAAAUCGUCAAUAAGUGCGUCACAGUGAAUAAUAGUACUUCAUUAUACUGUGAUAAUAUUGUCUCUUCAAAUUCACAUCAACUAAAGUACAAAGCAAUCAGAAUGAGUUUAAACAUGUGGAGGUUCAUCUAUGUGACGAUCUUCAUCUUGGCAGCAUUUGCUCAGACAGCGGAGAAUCCGCCUUACAUCAAACAGUGUAGCCGCUCUGAUCCUCAAUUGUUGGACUGCCUGCGAGAUGCACUUCACCAUUUGCGGCCCUAUUUGGCAACCGGCAUACCAGAAAUUGAGAUGCCCUCUGUCGAGCCCUUCGUCAUGGACAACCUGGCCCUCCAGCUCACCGGCGGACCCCAGGGUUACCGAGUGAACCUCAAGAACAUGGAGGUCUACGGAGCCAGCAACUUCACCGUUAAGUCUAUCAAGUUGAGCGAGAACAAUAAACCGUUCGAGGCGAGAAUUGCGCUGCCCAAGUUAGUCAUCAAGGCGAAAUACUUCAGUUCCGGGGUGCUCAUCAUUAUUCCCGCCAGUGGGAGUGGAGACUUUGCCGGUGCUUUCGAUGGCGUUGUGGCCGAUAUCCGCGGAACAGUUUCAACUGAACCACGUCCGGAGGGUACUUUUAUGCGCGUUGAGACACUUGGCUUAGAACUGACCAUCAAGAAGGUGCGACUGAGCGUGUCCAAAGUCUUCAACAACAACAGAAUAUUGACUGAGGCCACAAACCUGUUCCUCCGUGAGAAUGGUCACGAGGUGGUGAAGGCAAUGCAGCCGCAACUGCAGAAGAAGCUCUCGAUCGAGUUUAUGCGCAUUGCCAACCAACUGGUUAAGCAUGUGCCCAUAGAACAGUUCCUUCGUGAUUGAAAGUGAGAUGUGCCUCCAUGCCACCAUGGGUGCGACAGUCUGAAGAAUGUCUCUCGUAAUAAGCGCAAUUUCCAUUUCAAUGCGAAUCUUGAAUACUUCUCAAAACAACGUAAUUUUCAACAAUUUGUUUUUACAUAUGUAUGUUUUAAGUAGUUUCCUAUAAUGUACCAUUUCCACCAGUAGGCACAAAUCUGUCUUAGGCUUAAUUGAGCGAAUUGAACAAUACAUUUUUUUUAUGAAUAUAUGGUUGAUAAACUAUAAA